CUGUAUGAUUGGUUUAACCGUUAGCGGAAGUGUCCAUAUAUACGUUUUUUCUUCAACGUACUCAACAACGCGGAUUUAAGUAAUGGCGGAAUAACAGAGAAAUAUGGUAAAACAUUCUGUACCAAAACUGUGUAACGAUAUCGUCCAAGUAAAAAUUUGUAAACAAGCGUUCUCGUAAACGGAAGUACCACACAGAUGUUUCGCUGAUUAUAAUUGAAAGGAUAAAACCUUUAUCGAUUCUCUCUCUCUCUCUUUCUCUCUCUCCCUCUCUCUCUCUCUCUCUUUGCACUUGAUUAUACUUUUAUCUUCCUCAGCUAAUCGUAACAUUAAUCGUACUGUUAAAGUGCUGUGAUAAACAAUUGUUUAAUCGUGUAAUAUUUUAUCUCCGCAUGACGAACAUAAAAUAUCAAAAUGAGAAAUAAGUUAAUUAGGGACUAAGUUGAAAUAGUGUUAAAUACAACAUGCCACAAAUGCCAAUACAUCGGAAAGCUAAGAGAGCAGCUUUGCUUACUAAACGAACACAGUAUUUGAAAAAGUAUGGCAAGGAACGAUCAUAUAGACCAUUGUAUGAAAAGUUAAAAAACAACAACAGUUAUCUGGCUAAAGCACUUUCUUUGGAAAAGCAAAAUUGUCAGUCACUGUUCUCACAAAAUCUUGCUUUAAUAGCAGAAGUACAGGAGCUACGUUUAGCAUGCACAACACGAGAUAAUGUGAUUUCUAAUGUAUUUAAUAACGCCAAAGAAAUGUUGAAAAUGUUGGUUACUAUGUCUGGUUACAUGACAAAUACUAUUUCUAUAUGUCAGGAAUUUACUGCUUCCAAUACUAAUAUGAGAUUAUCAUCUGUUUCAUCGGGAAGAAAAGAAUCCUUCAGAAGGUUAUCAACUAAAUCACCAGCUAGAGGUGUAGUGAAGCCUAUGGUAAGUGGGCACACUAUCACAAAACCUACAAUUAACUUAAGUCGAGUUAAUAUGCAAAAUAUUACUAAUACGUCGAGACUGAGUGACAUACAAGAAGUAUCCACACCUGAUAGAAGUGAAGAUAUCAAUGAGACUAGAUCACCAAUCGCUGUUUCCAUACCUAUCACGCAGUUGCGCAGAUAUGAAAAUGGUCGUACAUGCAGAUUGCCAGAAAGACUGGCGGUUUCUUCACCUCGAGUAAACAAGGAUAGUGAACAAAGAUUGAGGAAAAAGAAAAGUCGUUCAAGAAGAAUGUCAGGAUCAUUUUCGAGGUCGAAUAGAUGGUCUGGGGAAAGUACACGAAAUAGCACAGAAUAUGUUAGUCAAUUGAGCAGUCCCACAGUGAAACUCAAUGAUGUUUCCAAAUUACUACAGAAUUCUCAAAGUAUCAAUAUUAGGACGCUAGAGGUAUCACGUACAUCAGUGACCGGAAUUACUCAAACUUUUGGGCCGACUUUCAAGAGCUACGCCUAUUUACUUCCCCUUGCUUCUUCAGCGACUGACAGGCACGGUGCACUGCCUCAGGCUCAUCUCGAUAUCCUGAUCGAUGACAAUAAGAUUGAUGAUGUUGAAAUGCAAGAGAGUAGCGAUGACGGGCCUCACAAUACAUCUGACAGAAACGUUGUAAUACCCGAGACACAAUUGUCUAUUAAAUUAGACGAGGUAGAUGAAGGGUACGCGCAAACACCGAAACAUUCCAAUGCACAAACGAAGGAAAAAAAUCCUCGAAAGGAUUGGAAUAAGAAUUCGAACGUAUCGGAAAAUUCGAGACUAUCACAGAACAAUGUCGAAACUUGGCAAGACCCGCUGGAAGGUCCAAGCUGGCUACUAGACAAUAUAAGUAUAUCGGACGAUAACGCGACAGAGCUGGAUCAUCCGGACGUCACCGAUAUCAAUAAUCGUGCGUCUCAUAGCAAUUCGAAAGUAACAACAACGUAUAGUGAUGAAUCAAGCGACUCUGAAGACGCAAAAGACGAGUUACCACCAUUGCCAGACUUGACCAAUAUGGAAAUUUUAAACAAAGGCUCAUUUAUUGCUGAUCGUAUCAAGAAUGAUCAUUCCCUUGACGAAGACGCUAUAGACGAUACUUUUUGCGCGAUACUUCCAACGUCGACAGCAUUCGGUCGCGAGAGGAAUUUCGAUCACGAGGAGGACGACAAUACGACGAACAUGGCGCGUUUUAUCACAAUGAGGCGCGGGAAUUCUGCGGUUAUAGAGGAAACUGAGGACUUCACCUUGAUGAUGUCGCGCCCACCGAUGCGAAGUCUGAAUUUUGAUAUCAAUGAACUGCGGUUACCCAUUUUGGAGGGCUCCAUAAUAAAUCCUACUAUCGCCGCCAACGACAUUGAUAGCGAAGUGACCACUGCUAUACAAAGAAUAACGAAUUUUCGAAUGCCAUCGAUAUCGAAUCAAAGCGCAAACGAGCCGGAGAUCGACUCUACUACCACGAUAAAGCUGCCAUUAGUUUUAGUUCACGAUCACGAUAGAAUUUCCACACCCGAGAAGGGUAAGCAUUCGAAUAAGAAUAAGAAGACAAAACUGCUCAAUCCGAAAGACAAUAUGAACCACGCUGAAAAUAUGACGGUUAGCAAAAGGAUAAAGCAGAAAAGCAGUCAGGACCCGAGCGCGGCGAAAGUUGUUUUAGAGAAGCUCAACGAAUCUAAUGUUAAGCCGAGGACGCCGUCCCCCGACGAUAUAUUUCAAAGCAAUGGCUAUGUGAGCGACACUGCGUCCAAUCAGGAGGGGAAUGCGCGAGUUUCUAAAAGUGAUAACAAUACUUCCGAUCGACCUAGACGAAGAAGGGCGACGAUAGAAUACAAAGAACCCAAUUUGAAUAAGAAAUUGAGGCGAAACCACUGAAAAUAUUUAUGCGGAUAAUUUACGGGAGAAAGAAUUAAUAUUUCUUAUUUUCUUUAAUAAUAUUAGAUACAGUUUUCCUUUUUAUAUACUUUUUCAUUACAAUAAUAUGAAUAAAUACGCAACAUAUAUGAAUUAUUCGCAUAAUUGUAAGGCAUUAAAAUUAACAAUGUUCCUUACAAUUGAUUGCUUCUGAUUUUGUAUUCGAUUCAGUUAUCCUGAUGGUGUCUCAGGAAGAACCUAUCGAAUAUUCCGUCAUCCCUGAUAUGCUACUUCCGUAGACAUCCAUGUGUAUUAUAACUGGUUUUCGUAUCGCUAACUUUCGGUCAUCGAUACAUAUUCGUACAAAUCUCGACCAGAAAUAUCUUCCUUCGACAGUAUUGUUUAUAUAUUUUAUUGUACUCUACUAGAAUUAUUUCAAUAAACCUUGCCGCUAAGAUUGUGGAGAAAAGGCAGUUUUUCAUUUUGUACAAUUUCAUAUAUUGAUUAUAAUCGUGAAUGUAUACGUACAUGAAAAAAUAGAGAAAUCUUAUGUAUGUUA